AUGAUAGGAGACAAAGAGGUAGAACACCUGAGCUGUGCUCUUCAAGAUGUCAAUUGUAAACUAGCUGUGUUGGACCUUCAAGGUGGACUUCAAUUGCGGGCCAAGGCAGGAGUCCACCUAAGUAACGCACUUAAACAUGCCAAUUGUAAACUUACCAAGUUUUCUUUUGCAGGUAACUCUAUGGGCCAUGAUGGAGUGGCACACCUGAGCUUUGCACUUCAAGAUGCUAACUGUAAACUCACUGCGAUGAACCUUGCUUAUAAUGAUUUAGGAGACAUGGGAACACAACGGCUGAGCGAUGUUCUUACAAAUGAGAUGAACAUCGAGAGUAAUGAAAUUGGUGACAGUGGAGCAGGACACCUGAGCGAGGCACUUAAACAUACAAAUUAUAAACUGAUUAAGUUGAACCUCGCAUGCAAUCACAUCGGUGGCAGCGGAGUAGCACACCUAGGAGAUGUUCUUCAACGUGGAAAUUGUAAACUCACGAAAGUGAAUUUCCAAGGUAAUUACAAUGUUAGUCACUGGGGAAGAAAACGCCUGUUCGAAGCAUGUAAAGAACGUAAUGAUUUGCACCUUUAG